GUUAGGAAUUUAGAAGACAAAUAAUAAUAAAAAGUGAAGAUUUUUAUUAUAUUUUUUAUGAAGAUGAAUGCGGGAAAAAUUUCCUUGAGAUUCAUUAAAAAUAUCAGAUAUUUGUCAAGUAAUUCUUCUAUUGACCAAAAUGAAAUAGUUUUGUUCAAUAAAUUAUCGGCAGAUUGGUGGAAUGAAACUGGUGCCUUCAAACCUUUACAUUCCUUCAAUAAAAUAAGGAUACCUUUCAUAAGAGAGAGUCUUGUUCAAAAUGGAUCUGUCAAAAAAGAAUUAAUAAAUACCUCCAAUGUUCUGAAAGAUCUAUAUAUACUUGAUGUAGGUUGUGGAGGAGGUCUCUUAUCUGAACCAUUAUCUAAAUUGGGAGCAAAAGUAACUGGUUUAGAUGCUGAUACUCAAGCAGUCGAAGUAGCCAAAAAACAUUCUACAGAAAGUUGUUUAGAAAAUGUUUCCUAUGUUGCAUCAUCUAUUGAAGAUCAUGUCGUUGGAAAUAAAGGAAAAUAUGAUGCAGUUGUGGCUUCUGAAAUUCUUGAACAUGUGUCGAAUAGGGAAAAUUUCCUAAAGAUGUGUGUUGAGUGCUUGAAGCCUGGAGGGAGUAUUAUUAUAACAACUAUGAAUAAGACACUUUUAGCUGAUAUUUUGGGAAUAAGAAUCGCUGAGUGCAUAAAGUUGGUUCCUAGAGGAACACAUCAGAUAGAGAAAUUCACAGAGCCACAUGAAGUACAAAGGAUACUUGAAAAAUAUAAAUGUCAAACAACGUUGGUACAUGGUUUCAGAUAUUCAGUUCUGACAAAUAAAUGGUCAUUCUCUUCAGAUACCUCAAUAAAUUAUGGUCUUUCAGCUUUGAAGUUAGAGUAAUAUUUACAAAAAAAUUUUCAUUUUGGAAUGAUUUUCAAGUUAGUGUUACUUGAAUGAAUAAAGAUUUAUUAUUUUGUU